AUGCCAUUCCUCGACGUCGCAACCCUGCCCCUGCGCGCAAUCCAGGCCAUAUUCUCCAUCAUCGUGUUGGGCCUCACAGCUUACAUUGUCGACGCCUACCGCGGCCCUGGCGGCUAUGACUACUGGACGCCCGACUCCGUCGACUUCAUGCUCUUCUGCUCCAUCUGGACACUUCUCGCAGUGGCCUACCUCACACUGGCACCCAGCCGCUUCCCUGCCGCAGCCCACAAAUUCGCCAUCAUCGGCGUCGAGGCUGUCACUAUGAUCUUCUGGUUCGCGGCGUGGGUGGCUGUGGCGAGCUGGUGGGGACAUGUGUACCAUGGUGCGGGACCCCACCCUGUGUGGUCGUCGGGCGUUGCGGCCAUUGUGUUUAGCGCCUUCAUCUGGUGA